UAGUGGGGAGUAAUGGCAACAAGUGACGAUGCAAAUGUCACGAAGAAGAAUCAGUUCACCGGAAGUAAGAGAAGCGGGAGAUUGAAAAAAAGUAAACACACUUUUGUAUCACCCUGAACAUUAGCCAACAUGCUGAAGAAGGCGCCCAAAUUGAAAUCUAUAAUCAAAACAAAAGCGAAGACUAACAUAAUCGUGAAGCCGACGUCAGAAGCAAUGAUUGAACUCCUGAUGUUGAUGUUUUUGAGCAACCUGGCGGAAGAGGCGAAGGCUAACGCGUUUCAGGAGAAAUCUGCAACGAUCAGAGCUCAUCACCUCAAAGCAGUGUCCAAGAAAAUGCUGAAAAAAGCGAAGGGAUGAAGACGGGGAAGUUCGACAUUUUUAUGAACAUUUUCUAGGACGGCGACAAUAUUCUUCCUUUUUCAUUAUGCAUCAUAUUUUUCUUUUGAAAAUGUGUUUUUACUAUUGUGUAAAUGUUUUCCUUUCACAAGAGUUUUCUGUUCUUAAUUAAAUUCUUGUAAACCUUACAAUCCCUCCCAUUGUAGACACUUCAAUUCACACACAUCAUAUCACAUGUAAUCAUGCCAUGAAUGCUGCUGCAAUAACAUUCACCUUCGCAUUAGAAAGCAUUGGAGACAUGACAUGUCACAUGACUGUGUUGAGCUUUGAUCUGGAGGUUGUGGACAGCUCGGAGUAAGUUAGUACUUCCAGAUCUCUUCCCCCUCCCCUCGCUCUCCUAUCACCGGUCAUGGUCAGCGUUUUAAAGCUGCAUGCCUCACAGCGUCUUCACUGGGCGCGGGGCUCGGCCUCCUCCCAAAUUCCUCUCCUUUUCACGCUACAUAGACUAUCUGCGAUGCUAUCCUGCUCACACCUUCAUCACGGCGAGGGGCUUUUUGCCUUCUUAGGCAUCUGUUAGCAGUGAAGAUGUCUUGUAAAAUGUCCUGAUCCGACAUUAUCUGUUUGAUUUUUAUUUGAAACAGAUGUUAUAUGCAUUUUGUGCUUUAGUAAAAGCUCAUGGCAGACGAUGCCCUAAAAGCUGUUUCUGGUUUGUGUUAUAGUGGACUGUUUUAAGAUCUUGUAGAGUCUUUAUUUAACAGUAGAUCAAGUGAUUUGAUACAAACAUUUGAAUUACAACGUUGGUUCAUUCAUUGUACUUUAGACCAUGCAAACAUGAUUACAUGUGUCAAUAAACAUGGCUCUCAAACUCUU